AUGCGUAUACUUUGCCUCCACGGAAUGGGCACCAACAGCAAGAAUCUAGGUGCUGGAGAUGCAGACAUGUACAUGGCGUUCCUUGACACAGCUCAUUUCAUUACGCGAACUGACCUCAAUGCAGCUGCGCUCCGACAUCAACUUGGCCACUCACAAUCGCACAAAUACGAGUAUGUUGAUGGUGCGGAACCCAUCCCACCUGCACCUGGGAUAGAGGCUUUCAUUGGUCAAGAUGAGAGUCUUGCCUAUUACAAUCCAAACUCAGCACAGAGCAUUCUGACAGCCAUUGACGACCUAUGGGAGUACAUUGCUGAGGAAGGCCCCUUUGACGGUGUAUUGGGCUUCUCCCAGGGUGCUUCCCUCGCUGCUAUGAUCAUUGCUCGUGCUCGCCACUCCAACCCACCACCCUUUCAGUUCGCCAUAUUCUUCUGCGCAGGACUGCCUUACUGUGAGAAGUCUUUAACCGCUGGAGAGAUCAAGUUUCUGAGGGAUGAGGACACGCAGGGUCCAAUUAUUCAUGUCCCGACAGCCCAUAUCUAUGGUAAAAAGGACCCUGAUGUCAGCUAUAGUAAAGCAAUGACUGGCUUGUGCCACCCUUGGGGGAAAGUCCUUCUGGACCAUGGAGCUGGGCAUGAAAUUCCAAGAGUGCCUGUGGAGAUAGUGGAUGACAUGGCACGGGCGGUAGAGAAGGUUGUUACCAAGGCAGUGAUUGGUCAGUAG